AUGAGAUGCAACACCACAAUCUGCUACAAUCUUGCCAAGUUGACAAGUGCUAAUCCAUCCUUGCUCCAUCCACACCUCAUCCACCAACCUCAGACUUUUGCUAUGAUUCUUGGAACUGCCUCAAGUUUCACUCUUAUCCUGCUUAUAGUCGCCACUAGCUAUUUCUACCCCUUGGGCAUGAACUCUCCCCUCCGUUUUUCAGAUAUUGAGGGUAUGGCAUCGACACAUGAACUCAUUGGCACACACACAUCACCGGUCCUAUUGUGA